GUGUAUUUUCAAAUUCUAGCGAUCUCGAGCCGGUUUCUCAAACUUACCUACCCUACCUUUAACUGUGUCUGCAGGCAAAAGCAGAAAUGUGACUUCACGCUGUGUUAGGUAACCACAACUCUUCAUUUCCUCUUUGAAACCAUUCAGCUAAAGUAAAUGCUGUUGCUUUCGUAAACAUGAUUGUGCCUUUCGGUGAUAUUUAAUUUCACCACCUUUGAGCUCCUCCUUUUGUUUGAAUCAUCCAUCCUUUAAAUCAGUUAUCUGGUACAGUAAUGGAAACUCUCGAGCUUUAUAUAUUCAUGUGCCGGGAUUUUUCCAAAGUGACAGUUCCUUGUCUGCAUGUACGCCUCGCUUCAGUUCACUCUUGUAUUCAGACGUCUUCUGCCUUCAGCAGGGAAGACAUCAUUAGAGGCACAUGAAACACGAGAGAGCGUGUUUUAUUAUUAAUCAGGUGAGGAGACCUAGACAUAAGUCAACAUCAUAUCACUUCUGGUGUUUGUAACAAUAUCCAAGUGGUUCACAUAACUAAAUGUAUUAUUUUGAUAUAGAUUCUUCUAUUUUCUCUUCUUAUUUAAUCGUUCAUAUCGACACAAGCAUUUUAAGAGUUUCACCUCUAAGCAUCUUCUGAUCUUUAUCACAUUUGAAUUCAAACCCAGGAAUGUGAACAGUUUAACAUGCCUGCAUCUUCUUUUAUGCUGUCUUGUUUAAAACAUGGUUUAUUAAGGAAGCAUUCACUGCCUCAAGAGGUGCAGCUACAGUUUGUCAGACUGCUGGUUGUUGUUAUUUUGCCCACUGAGUCCCGUAUGACUCAGGAUAUCUGACACAGGCCGGCUGCGCAGCAGUAAUGGCAGCACAAAGUGUAGGGUUACCGACCUGUUGUCACAGCGAUGUCGCUAAGCAACACCCCAAAACAUUAAAGACUACCAGAAACUCUGACCUGCUUUUGUGUCACCAGAGAGCAGCCAUUUGGCCAUUUCAGCACCCUGGACAGCAACAGUGAAGAGCUCCAGUCAAGUUUAUUUGUGUUCGUUUGCUCUGAGACAUAUUGUCUGGCUUUAAGGGGGCUGAAUAUGGAUAGAUGCUUCACCAACACUAAGGAACCUAAAGACACGUCUGCUACCCUGACAUACUUUGUUUAGAGGGAUGUUCAGGAAGAUUAACAAUGUGUUUCGUCCCAACCAACACGGACCCAGAGGGCGGGAUGCGGGGGGGGUUCGGUCGGAGCAGGACUACCACAGCGCCUGCACCGUCCGGCUGGUCCGCAGCACCUCCAUGCUCGUGGUGGGAGAGAAAACUCAAGUCGUGAGCUCCACUUUGAAACGCAGCAAAAGCACAGUGAGCAUCGAGUCGACCUUGUACUACUAUCAGAGACAAGAGGACAGGAUUUGGCUCUACUCUCAGAAUCAGAACUGCCUGGAGUACCUGGAAGCACUUGUGGCUUUGAGACGGCAGUACACAAAGAGCGUGAGUGACUUCAAAAGUAAUGACUCAAAGGCCACAGUGUCCUCCAAGAAGAAGCAUGCACCUCCUCCGCCUACAAAGGAAGGAACGAUAUCACGAGCCAAACCCUCAGCUCCUCCCGUCCCCAACGUGGAGGACUCGCUGCAGUUCUUUGAUGCGGUCAUCGCCGGCUGUGACAGCGAACCUUUGCGAAAAUCGUAUAUGGAUGAUGGACACGCAGAUGUGGACUUCAUAGUGGCCUCCAGCUCUGCCGAACACGACCUCCACUCUAACUGGGUCCUACGGGUUCCUCGGGUCGCGGAUGACUCCAAGCAGAAGGAAGUACACGUGUGUGCCAAGGAAAGUGCCCCGAAGAAGAAAAACAAGAGCGGGUCGACCAGCAGCAGACUGCGGCUGCAGAGGAACCCGAUCCAUCUGCCCAAAGUGGUGGAGAGCGCAUUCCAGACUCUGCGCUUCAAACCCAAAUUAAAAAAGCAGUGAAGCUUGAUGGACAUUCGAAACCACCGGCACUGCCACUCUGCUGACGAAGAGCUCAACCCAGUUUGUAUGGACCUGCACUAUGCUCUGCUAAAACUCCAUCCGGACAAUUAAAGAGGCCCUAUAGUGCUUUUUGGGGUUUUUCCCUUUCCUUUAGUUAUAUAGAUUUGUGUGCAUGUAAAUGGUCUGCAAAGGCUAAAACCCCACACACUCUGAAAUGCCUCCAUUGUGACAUCUCUAUGUAACAUUCGAGACACAAAAUACAAAUAUGAACCUGAAAUUAGCGUAAUAUGUCCUCAAAAUAAUUUUAAUAAAGCAAAUUGUAAAAAAAAAGAUAUCGGUCAAGCCAACAACAUACUUCCUUUUUUUUACCCUCAGACAUUUUGACUUGACAAUGGCUUGCACUGAGAACAUGAACAAUUUCUCCGUUUUAUUCAAGGUUCCCAGUAAGCCUUGAUACUGUUACGAAGAACCAGCAUGCACAAUAUCAUGACCCCCAAAACUAGGAGCAUGAAUUCAGCCGCUAUCAGCAAAAGUCCAUCAUCAGCUACAGGCAGCAAUCUCUAUUCACUAUCUUUGUUCUUUCAACUCUUAAUUAUUAUACUCACGUUAUCUUUACUGGCACUAAACAUGUUUCAAAUAUUCAGCUUACAAAUUUCCUUCGAACAUCAAAAUAUUCCAAAAGUGCAUGACAAGAAAAAAGAAAUCUUAUAAAAUGUUGUGUUGUUUAAACAUUUUUAGAACAUAAUUUAGGAUACAACCAGUAGGGAAAUGUGUGCUCUUUAAUACAAUGUAGCAUUUGAAGCAGACAGACUUCUACAUCUCUCACCGAGCCUGAAAGUGAGAGGAGAAACAAGGAGCUGCAGCACAGACCCCAAUAAUAACUGAGACAGGAUGUUUCUGGAAGAAAGCAGACAAUGUUUAUUUAACUGCUCCCAUCCUCACAUCAAAUCUACAUCAAUGCACUCGGCAAAGUCUUUUCUCUCUUGGUUUAGUAAUAUUUGUACUGAGAAGCAGUUUAAAAAAGUAUGCUUCAGCUUAAUUCAAGAAUCAAGAAACUCCAUUUAUACCUUACAAUGUUUAACAUCUUUCACACAGUAUUGGUAUUUUUCUAUUAUAAAAGCCAGCAAUCCAGUUUAGUGUCUGCUUUUCAACAUCCACUAUUCACGCUGCAGGGUCUUCAGAAAUGACCUUCUCAAGUUUCCUUCCAGUUCUGACAUGUCAAUACAUCUCCUGUGAAAAAGCCAAUCAAGUGUCGUUUGUUUCAGGGCUUUAAACCUUAGCAGAUUAAUAACAAAUUAAUUAUGUGAUUUAUAUGUAUCAAUUAUAUGCCACUAUAAAUGAGACUUCUUUAAAGACAUCUCACAAUACGCCUGCCUUCAACCCAUGCAUCAGUAGCAUUGUUCAAAUGUCCUUUAAACUGAAUUAAAUAGGAAAAAAGAAAUAUAAUAGCGUGAUGGUAUGGAGUUUAGAUUGAGUACAGUUCAUGGUUUGGCCCUGCAGAGACUCCCAUUGAAUUGAGGAAUCAAAGCCAGAGUUAAAUUGCAACAAUGUCCUUCAAGCCCGGCUGAAAGGUAAACAUGUUUCCCUCCUGCACGAAAAGUCUGAGAGACGAGUGGAUUUGUAAGGCGAGUCCCAAGGCUGCACUGACUGAAAAAGUUCAAAACCAGCUAAGGUUAUUCUGUUCGUUUCCUGAAGUUAAAAUGGACUGCGAGAAACGGUAUUUCAAGAUUUCUGUAUGUAUACCACAUGUAGAAAUGUUGACAAUAAAGCUGACUUUGACUUUAAAGGGUCAAUUCACCCAAUAAGAAAAAAAAGUUACAUUUUUGUAAUGUGCAAUGAUGGUAUUUCUGGAUGUAUUUGCCCAGCAUGCGAGCGAUUUGUUAAAGCUGAUAUCAAGUUACUAGUAACUAAAGAAAUACAUGU